AAAAAAAAAAAUGGAUAGAAGCAGAUAAGAGUGCUACCGUUCCAUCUCUUCCUCAUCGAACACCAUGGCUUCCCAAGUUGUUCUUCAGGCCAUGAUGCUUGGUUCUUCUUCAAUACUGCAAACCAACCUCAAUCAAUGUUUUCCAUCCAAGCCGUUAGGUUUCUCUGCUAUGGUGUCUUCUUUUCGUCGCAACGCACCAUUGAUUUCGAGCUCGGUUUCAUGGCGUUGCGCUCCUCUCAUUGCAAAGCCUGCUACUUUUGUAGCCAGAGCUGAUUCCAAUGCUGAAGGUGCUGAUGCUGCUGCUUCGGAUGAUAAUGUCGAAGGUGGAGGAGAAGAAGCAGCUUCGGCUUCUUCCGAAGCGGAAGCCGAAGCUGAAGCAGGAGUGGAAGAACAGGUGGAGGAGGAACCCAAGCCUCCAAGAAAACCUCGAGUCAAGCUUGGUGACAUUAUGGGGAUAUUGAAUCAAAGAGCAAUUGAGGCUUCAGAUAAGGAGAGACCAACUCCAGACCUUAGGACUGGAGACAUUGUGCAAAUCAAAUUGGAGGUUCCUGAGAAUAAGCGUAGGUUGUCCACCUAUAAAGGUAUUGUCAUAUCAAAACAGAAUGCCGGUAUUCACACUACCAUUCGAAUCCGAAGAAUCAUUGCUGGUGUGGGAGUUGAGAUAGUCUUCCCAGUUUACUCACCAAACAUCAAAGAAAUCAAAGUAAUAAACCACCGUAAAGUUAGGAGAGCAAGAUUGUACUAUCUCAGAGACAAGCUUCCCAGACUCUCAACUUUCAAAUGAAGGACGCAUGCUACCCGCAUUUCAUCACUUCAUCUACAAAGUUGUCUGCUGAACCAGUAAUGAUCACAGGGCCAUAAUUCAAUUAUUUUGAUUUGUUGCGUUGUUGCAGAAAAUUGUGAUUUUUCUUAACAUUUAAAUUUUCUGUCAAGGGAAUUGAAACAAGUGUAGCCACCCCUUAUUUGUAAUAUUUCAUGUUUAUAGUGUUUCUGUAUGCUUGUUAUGUGUUAGAAAGCCAAGCUAAGAAGAAGGCAUCACUAUUCACUAAUAA